AUUGCUAAUGUCCAAAAGCGAAUUUUAUGUUGAUAUCAUUGCAGAGACAUGGGAUAAAGACUCUCAUGGGCUUCACGAUUAUGACAAUACACAGAACCCUAACAGCAAUAAAUCAAAUAUAAAGAAAUUUAAACUACAAGCCCAAGAUUCCUUUAUUAUUGGUCGGAAAUAAAACAGGCAAUUGCUUUCUCUCAAAGACGAAUUCUUUCACUGGGAUGCCUUUGAUUUCGGUUGUUAAUAUUCAUGAGAACUAUUAUGUUGACAAUAGCUUUCCAAAGCAGUCCAUGACGUGAUACAAAGAUUUUCGAAAUUGCAACUGGAUUCCCACGAUAGCAUAUAAUAAUUUUAGUCCUUACCGAAAUUGCCAUCGAGUCUUGGAAGGAGACAUUAUAAGAUUUGGAAGACUAGUAUUUGAGAUGAGAGUACUGUGAACUAAUCCUCGAAACCCAGUAGUCUCUAGGAGCUCUAGUAACUUAUAAUCAACCGUCUUAAUGAAUCAUUUGAGAGAUUACAAGGUGUAACACAGAAUGAGAAAAUGGUUAAUCCCAGCAAUUGAAAAUAAGCUUGACAAUGGCGUAUCAUAUAUUGACGAGCAAGAUUUAGAUGAAAGUACAUUUGAAAAAGAAUUCAAAUUCAACUGCAGAAUCUGCCUCUCUGGAGAGUGAGAUAAAACCGAUCCCCUAAUUUCCAUCUGUAACUGAUCUGGCACUGUCAAGUAUAUUCACAUCAAUUGAGCCAAGGAGCUCCUCAAGUGUAAGAUGAAAAUAAGACGAUCAGAAUACUAUGUUUGCCUCACUUGGGAAAACAUGAAGUGAGAGCUAUGCAAAGAGAAGCUACCUGAUACAAUAGAAGUCCCUGUAGAUAUGAGCAACACUAUGAAAGAUAGCUACCUAUCUCUUCAUGAGAGUACCAGACUUGUGAACCUAAUCGAUACUCCAGAAGAAAUUUUAGAAUUUCCUUAUAUAGUGAUGGAGUGAUUAAACUCGGCAAUGCUGAAGAAAAACACUUCAAAAAUAAUAUUCUUCAUUAAAAUGAUGGAAGAGAAAGUCAUAAUUGGGAGAGGACAAGCAGCACAGGUCCGAUUGCCAGACAUCUCAAUUUCACGACAGCACACUGCUAUCUACUUAACUGAAAAAUAAUGAAUUUUAUUUGACAGACUACCAGAGUAAAUUUGGAACCCUGAUUCUCCAAAAAGAGGCAAUAAAGAUGUCCUCAAAACCAAAUAAAAAGUAUAUAAUUCAAAGCGGAAGAACGCUACUUACAAUCAGGCUUAAGAGAGUGGAAACUGGGAUGUGAUGAUGGAAAACAAGGGCUAAAAAUCUCCAAGAAGGUACAAAUUAUUUUGAUGACACUCACUCAUAUCCAAAAUAUUUUGAAAUAUUUAUUCCUAAAAAGGAAGUUUUAUCUCCCAAGACCAAGAGAGCCAGUAUGAACGAGGUUAGCAAGGACUCCUUGCCACCCGUAUAUUCCCCUAAGAAGAUGGGCAAAAUCAUGGAUGCCCCCAAAACAAUCACUGCUAAGAAAGUUAACUUCAUAAGCAGCAAUGAGGAGUCCAAAAGUGAACUUGAGUUAGAAAUCCUUCAAAAGAAUAAAUUCAACCCAAUGUUUAAGUCUGAUGUUCCCAGAUUGACAGAGCUUAACAACCUAUCCCAGCCAGUCCAUACUGGCCAAGACAAUGAUGAAAAUAAUAAAACUCAAAAAGAUUACGAACUCGAGUUCCGCAGCUAUGAAAUGGACGGCUCUGCUCGAAAUAAUGAAUUAGAGGAGGAAUAUAAGGAUAUAGUAAUGGACACUCAAAACUUUGAGCAUUUCUAUGGUACCAAAAAUAUGAUGUCACCCUCACCAGUUCCGAAUAAACCAUCCGAUGUGUUCCUCGCCAACAGGGGUUCAUAUGAUAUAAACUCUUUUGAAAUCUCGAACCCAGAAUCACCUCAAAAUUCUCUUUUCUUCACAAGUAACAGACAUCCUAAAGAGGUUAUUCUUGAGCAAAAUGAGUACUCCCGCCAGGCUGCAGCUUUCCGGCAGAGUACUGAAUUUGAUAGCUCUUUUAAAGCUUUAAAUCCAAAAAACAACGAGAGCCAUCAGAACCAAGAGAGCAAUUACACUUUGAGAAACAAUGCUAGUGAAGCAGAAGUCAAAGAAUUUCAACAUUAAAUAUUAAGCAUUUUUAAACCUGAUUCGUCCAUAGCGUGGAUCAGUCUCUGAGAGAUGGGGUUAAGGCCAUUCAGAGCUAUCAAUACCUCUGUUAGACAGUCAAAGUUCAAUUUGCUUAGAAUAAAUAGAUAUUCUUCGAUUAGGAUCUACAUCCAAGCCACAUAGUUAAAAUUGAGUCUGAAUUCUGUAGCUUUGGUAGUGAUUUAUACUUUGAGUAAAGAUAACUUCAAGUAAAAUUGGCUUA